AUGAACACUGAUGAAGAAAUCGAAGAAUUUAUUGGACGAGCCAUCUAUGAUCCAACCAUUAUCUAUCAUAUUUAUACGGCAUUUAACUGGGCCACACAACUCUUUGGCGCUCUGCAUUUUCUUUAUUCUUAUGGAUACAUUCAUCGAGAUAUUACACCGGCAAACAUUCUGCUCUCCGAGAACUUUGCAGCAAAAAUCGGUGAUUUUGGGUGCACAAAGGAGAGCAAGAACACUUGUGUGGGAACAAGAUUGGGCACUCCUCGUUAUAUGAGUCCACCAAGUCUUCGAGAUGGAGGAAACGAAUAUAUGGUUUCCCACAAAAAUGAUGUCUACAGCUUGGGAUUGGUUCUUUGGGAGGUCAUCGAGAGGAGAAUUGUUCUCUCACAAUACGGAAUCGGAAGCUUUCAAUACGAAACAUUUAUUGGAGAAAUUUAUGCAAAGAAGAUAACCGAAAUUGAAGAACCACACUGCCCUGAAGAGUUGAAAAGGAUCAUUGCUGGGUGUAUUUCAUUCGAACCAUCAAGUCGGCAGAGGGCCUACGAUAUUUUCAGUAAACUUGGGGAUAUCACAAUGAAAUAUGAGCAAGGAGUUCUGCCAAACUUGAGCAAUAAUCUCGUAAAAUCGGGCCUUCAGCUUUGGAUUGAUGAAAAUCAAAAAAUUCUCGUAAAACCGAUUGGUUUUGAUGGCUCGAAUGAUCUUAUCCCAAUCAGUUCAGCUUUCGAUUUCAGCCAUCUAUCAGUGGACUUUAAUACACCUGAUGAAACAAAGGAUGAAUUUACCAAGCCAAUUCUUCAUUUGAAAGAAGUUUUGCCGAAUCUAUUUGAAUACCAAAAAGGGAACGUGGCUCGGGAAAGAUUUAUGGAACUCUUUAAAUGUCUAUCGGAUGAGGAGAAAAAGAGAUUUCUACAAACAGCUAGCGAUUGUUUAUUCAAUCAACUCCAGAAAAUGAAUAUAUACGAUGAAAUUGAUGUAAAAGCUUUAAAAUCGGUCCUUCAAUCCAAACCAGAAACAAUUGAUGAAGCUUUUGAAGAUGUUUUGCAAAAUGAUCUCUUUGAUCAACUUUCAGCUUAUCAUUUGGUUUUUCAGAGCCUAGAGUUCGUCGUGAAAUCUCGAUUUAUGUAUUGGGACUUUUAUGAAUCGAUAUUUCACCAAGAUGUAGUGCUUCGAUCAAUCAAAAAUACGAGAUAUUGCCAAAGAAUGAGUUUGAAAUGUUAUUUCUCGACAACCACAAAAGAAGAAUGGCUUUUUUUGGAAGUUGACAGCGAAAGAAAUAUGGCAAAAUUUGUACGCAAAGAUUUCACAAAUUUGCGAGAAUUUCCCGGGUUCUGGGUGAAUGAAAAUUCUAGAAGAUUUCCGAGUUUUGUGUUAAAAACUCAAUCGGAUUCUUUAUUUUCUCAAAAUGAGCUCCUUUUUUCUCACCUUGAGCCAAUCGAUUUCCAUCUGUUUUUCGCUGUUUUUGAGAAGCUUCGAAAGAUUAUUGAAAAGUGUACACAAGCGAAUGCUUCAAAAUUUAUCCCAAUCGAUAAUUGUAUGAAGAAAACCUAUCUAGACCACGAGAUUCAACGUCAAAAAGUUCCAUUCCAAUUGCCGGGCUAUGUUUUUCAGCUCCGAAAUCCACCGACAACUCCGUGUCACUGUGAAGUGAAAUGCGAGCUGAAACAGGUUUACGGGAAAGUCAGCACUUUCGGCUUUGAUGUGCCGAAUGAAAUGCGAACUAUGUCAAAUUAUGAUUGCACGAAUUAUUCAUUAGAUGCUUAUCAAAUGGCUUGGGUGGGAAUGAGUGAGCUCUUGAAUCGAAUCUUUGUCUCAAAACAAAUCAAUCAAGAGCAAUUCGGAAAGACCAAAUUUUUCGCAUAUCCCAAGAGAAUUGAGUUGAAAAAAGACGUAGCUUUUCAUAACAUGUGUUUCAUUUUUUUAUUGUAUUUAAAUGAUCAAAAAAAGGAAUAUGUUUUGCUUGAUUAUCCAUGGAAUUACGAUCGAAAUGAGAAGAUUCCGUGUUUCGAUUUUGAUUGGAAUUUUCAUUCACUUGAAGCUUCGGUUUUGCGGGAACACUUUGAAGAAUUGGAGCCAAGUUUGCGAAAGUUUUUCGUCAUGGAUUCUGAGUUCAACUCUUCAAGACUCGAAGUAAUGAAAGAAAUUAAGAAA